GGCCGUGCAGCCUCCCUGGUCUGCCCGUGCAGCUUGCUAGCCUCUGUUUAAUGCUUCGUUUCUCCCUCGUCCGGACUCCGAAUCAGUCGCCAUUUGAUCCCAGACGCUCGUAGUCUCGUCCUCUUUCGUUUCAUAACAAGCUUGCAUGCUUCUUUGUCCAUAAAGUGAGGUAGAAAUCCAUUCUUCUUCAGGUCAUGCCCGAGUUUCCUCUCUCGAAUUGUCAAUUGAUCUCUGAUUGACUUGAAACUUGCGCCUAUGCUUCACUUUAUGUGCUAGGACCUGAAAUGGGACAAAGGAACACAACCUAGCAUAAAAUAGGCCACAACACACGAAUAUGCCCCUCAAACGGAUAAGAACUAGGGGCGCAAACAUGUGCAAUUACAUCGUUAUCACGAGCCCACCUCACGGAGAUCAAACAGGCGGCAUUCACAGAAUACCACCUGAUGGGGGCAAUUGUUGGGUGUAUGGCUCGGGUCUAGCCGCGCCAAGGAAACAGUCCGACACCGCCCCGGAAAGGUCAGGCGUGUUAGCACCAUCAUGCCCAAGGCUACACUCGCGUGAGGAUCACGGGCUCGGAGAAGGCCGCACUCGCGGGCGAAGAUCCCAGAUGCCGAACGACGCCGUUUUGAUCAGGCAUUGACCAAACCCAAAAAUCAAGAAAACGACAUCGUAUUCCCCGAAGAGUGGUCACAUCAUAGCCCUAGGUAUAAUCAUGGACAAAUUGUCUAGUCCUAGGUAGAGGUAUGGCAUAAACGCCUGACAUGUUAGUAGUCAUAUCACAUUUAAUACUCACUCACCAUCAUAUAGCCUACAAAUUGUCUAGUUCUAUCUAUCUCAGGUUGCAGCAGAAAUCAAGAAAAGCUGAUCAGACUUCAAUCAAUUCAAUGAAACAUGCAUCAUUCGAUUAAAACCAAACAGUAUAAUCAUCCCAAGUCAUUACAGUCAAAAUCCUAACACAUGGAACUAGGGUUCUUUAUACCCAAGUGAGAGAAGGGUUCUACUCCAUAGAGAGAGAGAGGAAAACAGAAAUCAGAGUAGUCAUACUCAUAAAGAUGAGGAAAAUCUGCUAUGGGAGUCAAUCUUCACCCUGGGGACGCAAUCUGGGCUUCAAUGGUGAGAAAUCCACUCCAAAUAGCUCCUAGGGUUUGCUCUUCGCCCUUUCUCUCUCUAAAACUCUGUUUUGCUCUGAAAAGUCGAUUCCCUCUGUUUUGGCUCGAAUCUGCCUCAAAAACCCUAUUUUGGGAGAAUUACGGGCAAAAUUACGACCGUAAUUGUGGUCUUCCCGUAAUUGCUCAAAACGCGCGUUUCACUUCACUCGGAAGACAGGAUUUACGGUCGUAAUUUGCCAAUUACUGCCAGUAAUUCUAGAAUUACGACCGUAAUUAAAGUGACUCUUGCCUCUAAUUGACUCUGCGAGAGGAAUUCUGGAAAUUAGGCUCGGCAUUGAAAUUACGGGCAUGCCAGGAGCAAUUAUGACCAUAAUUGUGCAGGGGCUGCCCGUAAUUCUCUCUUUGAAACGCACCUCGACCUCCAAAUGACCCGAAACUUGCGCCUUUGCACCUCUUUACUUGCUAGGACCUGAAAUACGCCAAAACAACACAGCCUAGCGUAAAAUAGGCCAAGGAUCAGAAAACAAAGGUGAAACAUGUGCAAAUAGGAUGCUAUCAAAUUCCCCCACACUUAACCGUUUGCUUGUCCCCAAGCAAACCAAGCCAGAUACAAGGUAAGCUCGAAAUAUCUCAAUCAUGCAACCCCUUGGGGACAUAUCAAAUAGGCACGAAACAUGGGAAUCAUACUGGCUUUCAAACAUCAACACCUGAACAACUUCAACCUCAACCUGGACAACCACCACAGAGGACAUUCGAGUGCAGCAAAAUCGAGCAAAGGAGGAGUUUCCCUUCUGUUCACCAACCAACCUAGACUAGACUCAACCACUUAUUCAAGACAGUCAACUCAUGCAUAAAACUCAAGAUAUCAGAAUCAAGACCGAGCCAUCUAGGUCCUCACUGGGGUAAAGAGUGUAAAGAACAAGGAAAUGAAUCGCUCACUCUCGACCAGUGGGGUCGGGACAAUUUGAUGCGAAAAAUGCGCAUACUUAUUCUCUCAAUCCCUAACAUCUCUUCACCAUGACGGCAGCCUCUAAAUGUUAGAGUUCACAUAAAUGGUUGUCAUCACUAACUAAUCCGGAGGUCUUAGACACAGGUUCAAAUGACUGGCUAGGGUCUUGGACAUGGGGAAAAGGCCUUUUAGGUGGUGGAAGUAUUCAUAGCACAAGGUUCCACAAUUCCAAACCCAACACAUUCACAACCAAUCGAACCAGUACUUUCUUUCCGCCAUUCUGCAUUACUCAAAUUCUCUAGAGCACAAGAGCGAAGGAGGUCACAUAAAUGCUAGUAUUUCCAAGCCAGACUGCUAAGAAACACUACUUAAUGGG